AUCAUAUAUUUUUUAUAUAUAUAUAUAGAAACAACAACAUAGUGGGGGAGGAUUGGAUUACACAAGUAGACAUGUUAACAAGACAACGGUUAAAGAAUAAUUUACUAAAAAUAAAGCGUAAGAAAUGGCACGACCACUCACCGGAACCAAAACAACAACACAAGGAAAGACAGCAAUUCUUCCCUCGAACUCGAAGUCUCAACUACCACUUCAGCACUCUUAUAGUUCUUAUUUAUGUGCAAAUGGGAGAUUUUGAGGAUCCGGAUCUGAUAAGUGAUCUGCCUCAGAGCAUUCUGGAAAGCAUCCUCACUCGAUUACCAAUAAGAGAUGCUGUGAGAACAAGCAUAUUGUCAAGUAAAUGGAGGUAUCGAUGGACUACACUUACUCACCUUGUUUUCGAUGACAAAUGUAUCAGGAUGUGCAGUGAUAGACCAGUGGUUGAGAACUGCAUGGUCAACUUCAUCACUCGGGCACUCUUUCUUCACCAAGGACCUAUUCACAAGUUCCAGCUCUCUACUUCAUAUCUGCAAUGCUGCCCGGAUAUUGAUCAGUGGAUACUUUUCCUCUCAAGGAGUGAUAUUAAAGAGUUGGUGCUUGAAUUAGGAGAAGGCGAGUGGUUUAGGGUGCCAUCAUGUCUUUUCAAUUGUAAAAAGUUGACCUGUUUGGAGCUUUUCCGAUGUGAAUUUGAUCCACCUCCUACUUUUAAAGGAUUCUUGUGUUUGAGGAGCCUUAGUCUUCAUCAAGUUUUGGUUGCUCCCGAGGCAAUUGAAAGUCUGAUUUCCGGUUGCCCACUUCUGGAAAGUCUUGCAUUGUCUUAUUUUGAUAGCUUAGCUCUUAAUAUCCGUGCUCCAAAUCUCAAGUACCUGUGCUUGGAAGGUGAAUUUACUGAUAUUUGUCUUGAAAAUACCCCACUUUUAGUUGCCAUGUCUGUUGCUAUGUAUAUGAAUGACGAAAUGGCUGAAUGCUUUGAGCAAAGUUCAAAGUGCAAUUUUAUCAAGUUUCUUGGGGGUGUACCUCGUCUUGAGAGGCUUGCUGGGCACAUCUACUUCACAAAGUAUUUGAGCAUAGGUGAUUAUCCAGGAAGUCUUGCUAUUACAUACAGCCACCUAAAAAUAAUUGAAUUGUAUCAAGUUAGUUUUGAAGAUAUGAAAGAGAUACGUGUUGUUCUUCGCUUGAUCAUGAACUCUCCUAAUUUGAAGGAACUUCGGAUCUCGGGCUCAUCAACCGCUGUGGCUUCUGUAGAAGCACCGAAUUUGGAAUUUUGGGCGAAAGAGUGCCCUAAAGAUUGCACAUUUAAACAACUUAAAGUUGUAAAGAUGACAGAUAUGUCUGGUGUGCCACAUGAAAUGGAAUUUAUGAAAUUUUUGCUUGCGAAUUCCCCAGUGCUUGAGACAAUGUCAAUCACACCUUGUGUAUAUGUCAUGGAUGGGAGAUUGAAUAUGCUGAUUCAGUUGGUCAGGUUUCGAAGGGCUUCUGCUGAAGCUGAAAUUAUAUUUACCCGAUGAAACGCUGUGUAUUCCAUGAAAAGCUGCUUUUCUUGUGGAUAUUUGUGAAAUAAUAACAUCAUUCAAGUGUACAAGAAUACGGGGUGCACAAAAUCUUGUUGGUCUUUUAUCUUGCCCCUUCAUGGGUGCUGCGGAAUAAACUUUAAUUUCUCGAGCUCAAAGAAGAGUGAAGAAUGAUAGAGAUUCAUGUCCUUA